AUGAUCAAUGUGCACCCCGACUUGGCCGGAAAGAAGAGGUUGGUUAAACUCAAUGAGUUGCAAAAGUUAAGGUUCAAUGCAUGUGAUAGCUCUAGGCUUUACAAAGAGCAAACCAAGAAGUGGCAUGACAAAAGAAUUAAAGAUCGUGAUCACUUCAAGGUUGGUGACAAUGUCCUCUUAUUCAACUCACGGGUUCGUCUCUUCCCAAAAAAGUUGAAGCCUACGUGGUCUGACCCAUCGUCUAUCACCAAGGAUACUCCCUAUGGCUCGUUUGAAUUGGAAGGACGUGUCGAGGAAGACUUUGUACGUAGAUGGGCAUUCUACGAUGUUGAAUCUUGUCUGCAAAUUAACGCCUUUGGCAAUGGUGGAAAAGAUGAUCUUUCCGAUGGUUUGUUGCGCUUCUUUGCUGAAUUCGACUAG